CUGGCUGUAUAUAAGGCGUCCAUCGUCCUGCUUCUUGCCUUUCUUUUUCUCUCUCCAUUCACUCACACCAUCUUUCCUCCUUUUCAAACAACCUCUUCACACAUUACACAUCAAUCACAAUGGCUUGGGGCUGGGACGAUUCCAACGAGGCUCACCGUCAGGUCUACAACGGCGAGCAGCACCACGAGGCCAAGUUCUCCCACGAGCUUCUGGCCGGUGCCGCUUCCUUCGAGGGCAUGAAGCUCUUCGAGGACCACCAGCGCAAGGAGGGCAAGCCCGUUAGCCACGCUUUCGCCAAGGAGCUUCUUGCUGGCAUCGUCGGUUCUCAGAUCGACAGACUUGCCGAGACCAAGGGUAUGGAUGAGGUCGACAAGAUCCGUGCCAAGAAGCACGCCCAGGAGAACGCCCACCAGAUGUACGAGGAGCACUACGAGCGCGGUCACGGCGCUCCCGAAUACGACCCUCGCCUUCCUCCUCACCCCCACUUCCGUGACGAGGGCCGCUUCCCUGACCAGGGCCGGUGGUAAAGGCCGUGGCUGGUACUAAGCUCUAGUGCGAUAAGGGAUAGACUGGAUCUGAACUUGUCGACCGGGGGUGUGUUGAUAUGAUACCGAUGAUUUGUGUUCCCAAUGAAAAAUAUUCCUCAUAAUUGUUUUUUUUUCUUCUGAUCCUGAAUCGUGGUCCUCUGCAUGCGACGUGGCCUGUGGAUUCGAGCCCUCUCGCGCAUAUAUGAUCUGUCCGAUAUGGUGGAGAGUCAGGUGAGCUAUCAUCGAAUCAUGAGAGUAGGUCUGGAAGAGUAGAAACCAA